CAACUUCUGGAAAAUAGAAGAUCUUGCACAGAUUAUGGAUGUUGCAUUCAUGUUUUUCUAAUACCGAUCUUAAUUCUUAACCAAUGCUGUUGAUUUGGGUAAUUUUGCUUUCCAUUAUUUAUGCUGAGCAGUGAAGGAGCUGUAAUUUUUUUCUUUCUUCCUGAAAAUCCAAGCUUCAAUUCUGCACUUUUUAUGCGUGUGUGUUUAUUAUUACCGACAAAUUACAGGACUAGGUAUUUAUUUGGGGGUAAAAAGAAAGAAGAUAGACUUGGUCUCAAGGGGUUUGUGUGAAGUCGGCGCGCCGCUUGUAACUUGUAACCUGUUUUACAAAUUUGGUGUGCUUGUUGUUAUAAAAUUUAAAGGGGUUGUUAGAUAAACUGGUUUGAUGGGAAACAAAAGCUCUAGCCCUAAGGAUGGGGGAAGUUGGAGGCAAUCUUCAAUGGCUCAGUCUCCAUCUGCAUCUCCAUCCCCAUCUCCAUCUGGGUGGCAGCACGAAUACGGUCAAUCAUCGUACUCACAAUAUUCUCAAAACUACCCCGUUCAGAAUCCUUAUCCAGCUGGAUAUCCACCACAGAAUCAGUACUAUCCUCCUCAAAGUUAUGAAACUCCAUCCCAUCCUCCCCAAAAUACCGGGCCUUCGUCUCAACAACAUGUACCACAAAAGAAGAAGCUUGACAGGAGGUAUUCAAGGAUUGCCGACAACUAUAAUUCAUUACAUGAGGUUACUGAAGCUCUGAAACAUGCUGGUCUCGAAUCUUCCAACCUAAUUGUGGGGAUUGAUUUUACCAAGAGCAAUGAAUGGACAGGCAAGAGGUCGUAUAACGGUCGAAGCUUACAUCAUAUUGGAAAUGGUCUCAAUCCGUACGAACAAGCUAUAUCUAUUAUAGGGAAAACCUUGGCGGCUUUUGAUGAUGACAACUUGAUCCCCUGUUUUGGAUUUGGAGAUGCCUCAACUCAUGACCAGAAUGUAUUUAGUUUCAAUUCCGAUGACAGAUUUAGCAACGGAUUUGAAGAAGUCUUAAGCCAAUAUAGAGAGAUUGUUCCAAAUCUGAAACUGGCAGGUCCAACAUCUUUUGCACCGAUAAUUGAAAUGGCAAUGACUAUUGUUGAGCAGAGUGGAGGACAGUAUCAUGUCUUGCUCAUUAUAUAUAUAUAUAAGGUUACAAGAAGUGUUGAUACUGAAAACGGCCAGUUAAGUCCGCAAGAGAGGAAGACUGUUGAAGCAAUUGUUGAAGCUAGUAAGUUUCCGUUAUCGAUUAUUUUGGUUGGGGUUGGAGAUGGCCCGUGGGACAUGAUGAGGGAAUUUGACGACAACAUCCCUGCUCGGGACUUUGACAAUUUCCAGUUUGUCAAUUUUACGGAGAUUAUGUCCAAAAAUGCGCACCAGUCUCGAAAAGAGACAGAAUUUGCACUUUCAGCAUUGAUGGAGAUUCCAUCCCAAUAUAAAGCAACAAUGGAGCUUAAUUUGUUAGGUCGACAGAGAGGAAACACUUCCGAGCGGAUUGCUCUUCCUCCUCCAAUCUAUAGCAUGGCUUUUUCCUCGGGUUCAAAACCUUCACGUGCCACCAGUUUUCAGCCUAGCUCAAGUUCAAAGUACGAGCAAAAUGUUUCUGCUAGUGCAGCUCCUACUGCUCCAAGCUCUACUUAUGAACACCAGAUUUGUCCCAUUUGCCUUAGUAACCCAAAGGACAUGGCUUUUGGUUGUGGUCAUCAGACAUGCUGUGAGUGUGGCCAAGACCUUCAACUAUGUCCAAUUUGUCGCAGUAGAAUCGAGACCAGAAUAAAGCUCUAUUAGAUUGCUCGUUUGCUUCCUUCAUAUUAACUUCAACAUCAAAUUCUUUAUUUUCGUUCCGGAUGUACAAAGGUGAUCGCUCGGAUGCCCUUUUUGGUCUUGACGCAGUACAUACGAAGCAUUUUGCAUCACUAUUUAGUUGGUAUAUCUUUGUAUUGUUUUUGGCCUAUAUAGAAAAGAUUGGUGAAAUCAAACUAAACAUAGUGCGGAUAGGAGUUUCAUUGCCUUGAUUUUUUUGUAAGUGAGUCAUCUUUUGAUUUAAUUUCGCAGUACUUGGAAAAUCAGGUUGUUGUUGUUUAUCAAUGAUGUAAUAUAUGAAUUUGUUUGGUGUUUGCAAC